AUGUUCUUAGGAAUAAACUUGGCGAGUGAUCAAUUAGUUAAACAUCGGAUUCUAGUUGAGACUUAUGUGAAUGUCAAAAGUGCUUCGGAUAGGAUAAAAUCCGCCGCCACGACCAAGGCUGCCCAACCAACCCAUCAGUCGGCUGCACCACACGCCACUACCAAGGCCGCUGGAACUGCUAAGCCAGUGAAAACAACCAAAAAAGCCGGAGGCAAAGACGAUUCCUCGAGCGAAAGCGGAGAGAAGAAGUCCAGCAAACACCCUAAACCAGCCGGAACUACCAAAGGUGCUCAACCAAGCCAUGAAUCAGCUGCACCACAUGCCACGACCAAGGCUGCCCAACCAAGCCAUGAAUCAGCUGCACCACACGCCACUACCAAGGCCGCUGGAACUGCUAAGCCAGUGAAAACAAGUGAGUUUCCACCAAUACCACCACUAGCAGCUGACUAUUCCUUCNCAGCCACGAAGGGAACAUCGGGACCAAAACCAACCAAACAUGUUGACGAUAGUAGUUCCGAUUCUGACGAACACCAACAUGGAAGCCGUAAACCACGUCCAUCAGGUGUGACCAAGGGAACCAAAGCUCCUGGUGCAACCAAGGCAACAAAGGCUCCAGCCACCAAAGGACCAGUUGCCAAUGGUACAGCCACCAAGGGACCCGUUGGCACUAAGGCACCAGCUACGAAAGGCACAUCGGGACCAAAACCAACCAAGCAUGUUGACGAUAGUAGUUCAGAUUCUGAUGAACACCAACAUGGAAGCCGUAAACCACGUCCAUCAGGUGUGACCAAGGGAACCAAGGCUCCAGGUGCAACGAAGGGAACAAAAGCUCCAGCCACUAAGAGGCCAGCUCUGACAAAGGCGCCAGCCACGAAGGGACCAGUUGGAACUAAGGCUCCAGGCAGUAAAACGCCAGGUUCUACUAAAGCUGCACCAGGCACAAAGGCGGUGAAGAAAACGCGAAAGCCAUCGGACGGUGGAGGAAAGACUGGUUUUCCACAGCGUAGUUCGGAGUCUGACUCGUCGGAUUGGUCAUCAUCAUCUGAAGAAGAUAAACCAAAACCCACACGAAAGACCCAUGUGACGAAGCGCCGUACGGGCCAUGUUGUGCGAAUUUUGUCGACAUCAGCUGAUGUUCCAUACAGUAAAGAUGGUCGAUUCGAUUCAGCUUGUGCCAAAUGUGCCCUACGUAAAAUUAGUUCCACAUUGUUGUUGGAAGGUGUAACUUUGGAACAAAUUUCCAGUCGACUCUGUGGACGAUUCCCUCAAAAUUUCAAAUAUAUUUUAGCAGCUGAGAUUCGCAAAUUCCAAAAACUUGGUCUUAAGUUUAUUGACAUUGUCAAUAUCUCGACCGAUAAGAAAAAUAACUUAAUCAUUGAUUUCGAUAUUAUUGUUGAUCCAAAAUACAAUGGAGCAAUUCGUAGCGCUUUGCGACGUGCUGUUGUUUCGGUUGAUCUUCAACGUGUAUUCAAAUAUCAAGAACGCUAUUAA